AAAGUGCUGCACAACAGGGAAGCGGAGAACUUGUAGUGUGGAUGUUCGCGUGCUGCCCGCGGCGAAUGAAUGUAGUUAUUGUACGGAGUAUUUACCAAGCCAAAGAAUUUGAAAGGAUGAAGUCAAUAACGUUUCUCUCUAGAAACAGAUAUUUUCUUGUUGCAGCUUUAAGUAUGGUGAUGGUUCGCGCCUCGUAUUGUAAGCUUACGAAACCAGCUAUACCAGCCAUUGCAACUUACUUUGGGACAAAAUGCAGAUAUGAGGAGGUGAACCCACAUUUAAUGGACAAUAUUUUAUUUGUGAAUAAGUCUCUUAUGGGACCCCCAUCCCCUGACUGCCGUGCAGUCCACCUGGUAGCGGUAAUCAGACACGGGACGCGCUACCCUACAAUCAAAAACAUUAAAAAGAUGGCACGACUUUAUGAUCUGGUCAAGGCUGAGGCCACAGGUCCUGACUGGUGGCUGGAUGACAUUAGAAGUAAAUGGAGGAUGUGGUACACGGAGGACAUGGACGGUAAACUGGUGGAGAAAGGCAAAAACGACCUCAGACAUCUGGCUGUCAGGUUGGCCGAGACGUUUCCAAGCCUGAUUUCUGAGGGAAAUCUUCGCGGCGACCUCAUGGAGUUCAUAACCAGCUCUAAGCACAGAUGUGUGGACAGUAUCAAGGCUUUCCAAGAGGGACUUCUCCAACACUGGGAUGUGCGAGGUGUGGGUUUCAAACACUAUGUGAACGAUUCGCUGAUGAGAUUCUUCGAUCAGUGCCAAAGAUAUGUUGAAGAUGUUGAGAACAAUAAGACUGCUUUAAAGGAGGUCGAAGUUUUUAAAUCGUCUGAGGAGAUGGAAGAAGUCCGGAGGAGGAUGGCCAGUCGCUUGCAGAUUCCACUCAGCCAAAUAACAUCAGAUUUGGUUGAGGCAGCUUUCUUUCUGUGCUCCUAUGAGUUUGCAAUCAAGUCUGAGAAUUCUCCAUGGUGCAAUCUGCUGGACGAAGUGGAUGCUGAAGUGCUAGAAUAUAAAAAUGAUCUGAAACAGUACUGGAAAAGGGGAUAUGGCCAUGACAUCAACCGCAAAUCAAGUUGUUCCCUUUUCCAUGACCUCUUCAGGAGACUCGACCAAGCUUCAUAUGACUACAGGUUUGGAGAAGUGACCAAGGCAGUCAGCAUCCAGGUUGGCCAUGCUGAGACUCUACUGCCUCUACUCUCUCUGAUGGGUUUCUUCAGAGAUGAAACACCACUAACUGCGGAGAACUUCUCACAGCAGCACAACCGCAAGUUCCGCACCAGUUGGAUUGUGCCUUACGCAGCAAACCUGCUGUUUGUCUUGUACGAGUGCAGCGAUGGAUUGCGACUCCAGUUCUUUAUCAACGAGAAGCCGAUGUCUUUUCCCAACAUAAAUCACUCAGCUCCACUGUAUGAAACAGUCAGAAACCACUUCUCUGACCUCCUGGAUGGCUGUGAUUUUAAGAAGGAAUGUGAGCUUCCCACAGUUAAACCCAUGAAGACUGAACUAUGACUUAGAUACAGAGGGUGGGUGUGGCACAGAGAAUGAAGGAAUCACUGGGGGGCUGUACUGUAAGUGGACCAGAAUGAAAAAAACAUUUUCCCUCACUGGUUUAUGUACUUUUAAUGCUGUUAAAUAGUCUUUUUACCUCACAAGUGAAACAGUCCAAAUGAGAUGUGUGGUUUAUCUGUACUUUUUUUCUUUAUUUAAAAGUGUCACAGUGUGAUUCCCAACUUUUGUUGAUUUGCCAAAUUGAAGAAGAUUUCUGAUUGUAGGGUACCAAAUAUUCUUUUUCAAGUGACUAUGAGGCCUUUUUGGAAAGUAUAUUUCUUUAUUGAUGUGUUCUAUAUAUGUGUAGAAAAAUUAAAAGAUUCUUGCCAAAAACUA